AUGGAGGAGAUCAGCAGAAGGAACGCGUACAAAUUCGUCGCCUACUCGGCUGUCACCUUCUCGGUUGUCGCCGUGUUCUCGCUAUGCAUCACUCUUCCGAUGGUCUACAACUAUGUGCACAAUGUGAAGACUCAGAUCAACCAUGAGAUCGGCUUCUGCAAGCAUUCAGCCAGGGACAUCUACUCGGAAGUCAACCACAUCCGAACCAAUCCCAACAAUUCGACGAGACAGAAGAGACAGUAUGAUGAUUUCGGUGCCACCAACAACUAUGGUGGAAAUGGUGGAGCUGGCAACUAUGGAGGAUCUUCCGGUGGUGGACAGUGCGCGGGAUGCUGCUUGCCGGGACCAGCCGGACCACAGGGAGCGCCAGGAAAGCCGGGACGCCCAGGUCGUCCAGCAGCCGCCGGACUUCCAGGAAACCCGGGAAGACCACCAGCGCAACCAUGCCAUCCGAUCACUCCACCACCAUGCCGCCCAUGCCCACAAGGACCACCUGGACCACCAGGACCACCAGGACCAAUUGGAGAUGCCGGAGCCCCAGGACAGCCAGGAUACGGAGGAGGUGUUGGCACUCCAGGACCAGCCGGACCGAAGGGAGCCCCAGGACCAGCCGGAGGACCAGGACAGCCGGGAGCCCCAGGACGACCAGGACAAGAUGCUCAAUCGCAGGUUACCCCAGGAACCCCAGGACCAGCCGGACCACAGGGACCACCAGGACCUGCCGGAGCUCCAGGACGCCCAGCCGGACCAGGAUUCCCAGGACCACCAGGACCAAAGGGACCAUCGGGCGCUCCAGGACAGCCAGGAGCCAACGGAAACCCAGGCGCUCCAGGACAGCCGGGACAAUCGGGAGGCGCAGGAGAGCGCGGAAUCUGCCCGAAAUACUGCGCCAUCGACGGAGGAGUGUUCUUCGACGACGGAACCUUCAGAAUGCGUUAA